CUACGUAACUGCAAAACAUCAAAUUAGUACCACAUAGAAACUUGAACUAGCUACCAGCUUUGAGCUAUUCCUAUUUAUUUGGGUAGCUGGUAGUAGCUAGUGUUAUUAGGGUUAGGGUAGAGGCAGGGAGAUCGAGAGACAGAUGCAAUGGAGGAUUUACCACCUGGAUUUAGAUUCUCUCCAACAGAGGAAGAGCUGAUUUCGUUUUACCUGCAGAACAAACUAGAUGGGAGGAGUGAGGACUUGAACCGAGUUGUGGAUCGAAUCAUACCCGUUGUCUACAUUUAUGAGUUUAAUCCAUGGGAACUCCCACAGGCUGCCGGAGAGGUGAUCCAUGGAGAUCCAGAGCAGUGGUUCUUUUUCAUCCCAAGACAAGAAAGUGAAGCUCGAGGAGGGAGACCGAGACGACUCACAACAACUGGGUAUUGGAAAGCAACAGGAUCUCCAAGCACUGUUUACUCUUCCAAUUCCAAUCAAAAUCGUGCCAUCGGCCUCAAAAGAACCAUGGUUUUCUAUACUGGCAGAGCUCCCCAUGGAACGAAAACGGAGUGGAAGAUGAAUGAAUACAAAGCCAUUGAAAUUCAUGCAGAUGAUAAUAAUCAACCAUCAAUGGCCGCCUCCUCAUCAAACCCUAGUACUCCUUCUACUCCCACGUUAAGGCAAGAAUUCAGCUUAUGCCGAGUAUACAAGAAAUCGAAAUGCCUUAGGGCAUUUGACAGGCGACCUCCAGGGAUUGAGAUCACAAGAAACCCUAACUUAAACAUUCAAGCAGCUCCUGCUCAGGCUGCAGAUUUGACAACGUCGAAUAGGAACCCUCAGAAUAUGGAAGGGAGAACAAACUCAAGCUCACCGGAGAGUUCACCCUCAGGAGGCCAUGGCUCUCAAUCCUCUCAACCAGAACAAAGUGGGACUUUGCCAAUGGCCGUUGAUAAUGAAGCUAUUUGGGAUUUGGAUCAAUUGAUAAAUCUUUUGCUUUAAGGGGUGGAUAGGAAGAAAUACUAAGUAGUACGGUAUUACCACGUUAUCCAAAAUCCUUAAAUAGAAUGUCUAGCUACUAAGAAAAUAAACUAGUGUGCGUGUGAUCAUAAUCACUCAUAUGUACUUAUGUAGGGUUUUAUCACUCUAAGGUAGAUUAAUUGUACUGGAAUUGGGGAAGAAAAGCCAAAUUCAAAGGCUAUUGUAACCUAUCUUGAUCCGUUUUGCUUCCUUUGUAAUAAACAAUUGGGUUCUUUAUCUA